AUGAAUGUCCUCAUGCUGCGUCGAUCGGCCGCGGCUGUAGCUGCUACGCAGAGUGUGAGUCGUACAGUGUCGGCUAGUGUAACUUGCAGUACGCGUGGGUUUGCAAAUGUACCUGUUUCUGGAAAACCGGACCCAAAACCCACGUGGGGAGAGGUUAUUGAAAAAAUGUCCGACACUUUCUUUCUAUCGGACGUAUUCCGUGCCGUUUGGUUGUCCUGGGAAGUGCAUAUGGAGCGCAAAGUUACCAUUAAUUAUCCAUUUGAAAAGGGUAUGCUAAGUCCACGUUUCCGUGGUGAGCAUGCACUGCGUCGCUACCCAAGCGGCGAAGAACGAUGCAUUGCCUGCAAGCUGUGUGAAGCUAUCUGUCCUGCUCAAGCCAUUACCAUUGAGGCGGAGCCACGUGCGGACGGUGCACGUCGUACGACACGCUAUGACAUUGACAUGACCAAGUGUAUCUACUGUGGGUUUUGCCAGGAGGCGUGUCCAGUGGAUGCGAUCGUUGAGGGUCCGAAUUUUGAAUUUGCCACUGAAACUCACGAAGAGCUACUGUAUGACAAGGCGAAGCUGCUGGCUAAUGGUGAUAAAUGGGAGUUUGAAAUUGCCAAGAACCUCUCGAUUGAGCAGCUCUAUCGUUAA